CCUGGGUUGCCUUGGACUGUGUCCAGCAGGAAAAGAUGUCUCAGUAUUCAGGAAAGAUCAUUUUCUACGAAGGAAAAUGUUUCACAGGGAGGAAGCUGGAGGUGUUCGGAGACUGCGAUAACUUCCAGGACAAGGGCUUCAUGAACCGAGUGAACUCCAUCCGAGUGGAGACUGGCGCCUGGAUCUGCUACGACCACCCCGACUUCAAAGGGCAACAGUACAUCCUGGAGCGGGGGGAGUACCCAGAUUUCCACAGGUGGAAUGGGCACAAUGACCACAUGGGAUCCUGCAAGCCUGUUAGAAUGCACGGGGAGCGCUACCGGCUGGAGCUGUUCGAGGGGUGCAAUUUCACUGGCCAGUGCAUGGAGUUCUGUGAGGACUGUCCCUUCCUGCAGGGGCGGGGCUGGAACAAAAACUGCGUAAAUGCCUGUAAAGUCUAUGGAGAUGGAGCCUGGGUGCUGUACGAGGAGCCUAACUACCGCGGGCGCAUGUAUAUUGUGGAGAGGGGCGAUUACCGCAGCUUUAACGACUGGCAGAGCCAGAGCGCCAACAUUCAGUCCGUCAGACGAGUUGUCAAUUACUUCUAAGCAGUGUGAACUCCGACGUGGGCACGUUACCAUUUUUACCUCAUCUGCCUGAAAGAGAAUGUCCAAUAAACUCUUAAACUGUG